CUUGCUCUCAUCCAAUUACAAAGUAAGCCAUCCUCUCCGCCUGUUUCCGUUUUUAUUCUUUGCCGGCACAAGCUUCUCUGCCAAUCCCGCAAAUACGUACACUCCUCCAAACAAAACAGUAAUUACUGAAAAUGUCGACAGUGGCGGCAUCCGCAAGGGCAGAAACAGGAAGUCACGAUUCUCAUAGUGAUACCACCACCGCAACCAGCAUCGGCGUCAACAACCAAACCCACUACGACAUAUUCGUUUCCCUCCUCCCCGCCGGCGGCCCUCCGACACCACUCCCAAACGACUCCACCUCUUCCCAACUACUCUUCGUCACCCAGGUCGAUCGCAUCUACCAGCCCCGCGGCACCACAACACCGCCGUCAGCGAAAUCAUCAUCAACAUUGCCCAGGCAGAUCUUGGUGGAAUCACAUCGCUCCAGAUUCACAAUCCCCACCGACGACGACUCCUUCGGCAUCGAGUCCGUCUCCAAGAAGGUGAUGUGUUCGAGUUUGAACAUCCCCUUCCCGUUGGAGAACAACAUCCACUGGAGAUCGCUACCGUCUUCGCCGUCGUGGACCAGAGUAAAUACCAGAGCAGAGUUGGCCUCCCGCAUCGUUAAAACCGCGCACGGAGUCAUGGCAGGAACCAAACGCCGUUACGGUGACAUCGACGAAGCGAACAAAGUGGAGGUGAAGAUGGUGAUGAACAUUGCGAAGAAGAUCAGAGUUGGAGAGGCAGAGUAUAAGCAGAUAUGCAGGGCGCAGCAAGAGGGACAGGCAAUGGAGGACCUGGAGAAGUUUCUGAUCCGCUGCCAAGAUCAUCACGCUGCUUCUUCACGAGGAAAAUCGGGAUUCGAGAGGAUGUCGGUGGACGAACUGAAGCGUGUGGCCGAGGAGCACGUGAUUAGGGUUAGCAAUGGCGUGGUGAUGAGUAUGUCGGAUCGAGGCUCGAUGAUCGAUUCGGUGGCUUGGAGAGCUUGGAAUGAGUGGGGACGAUUGCUGGUUUCCAGACUCGGGAAUGCUCUGGUGGAAGUGGAGGCGACUUCGAGUAGUGGUGGUGGGGAGUGCAGCAUCUGCUUGGCUCCGAAAGUGAAUUCAGUGGUGCGAUUGCCUGAUUGCGUGCACAGUUUUCACAGGGACUGCGUUCUUCGGUGGCUUGUUCACCACACGCCCAACUGUCCUCUGUGCCGCUCCUCUGCUUUACCAUCUUUGUACCGCCGUUAGAUGUUGCUUAUGUUUAUGUUUAUGAUUCUGAUUGAAAUGUAAUAUGUAAGGAAUGCUACUGAGUUUUGAAAAAUGGUCAAUAUUGGAUUACGUUGUUCAAAGGGUCAAUGUUGUUCAUAGUGUCAUGACUGUUCAUGUGGUGGUCUUCAAUUAACACUUACAAUAGUAGGGAUUUCUGAGUAGCAUCGCUUAUAUGGGUACAUAGUUACAAAACUUGUAAAAUCCCCUCUUGCACAUAACAUUAAUCUCAAAUGGAAAUAAACUCAGAUAUCAUAU